AUGCACUCAAUGGCUCGAGCCAGUGUCAUUCAGGAUUACAGCGAAUCUCUGCUAUACGCCAUGUGCGCUUUGAGUGCGAGAUGUAUUUACCUUGACUCUUUACAUGCCUCAUCAGAGCCAAACCAUGAACCUGGGCCUGUCCCGGGCGAUGUGUGGGCCGAAAAGGCGCGCAAGAUGGUGUUUGACGAAAUUCACCUCCCGACCAUUCACCAAAUAAUGACCAUGAUUCUUCUCUGCGAGUAUGGGCUGAGGAAUGAUCAACACUCACUAGUGUUCAUGCUCUGUGGCUGCGUGUUCCGCGCUAUGCGUCUUCUCGGCCUGGACAGUCCCCCGCAACACCUCCAAGCGACGACUCAACUGUCUGGAAAUCUUGAACAAGAGAUUAACCACAGGAUAGUAUGGGCGUGCUACACAAUUGAUGUUCUUCUAUCAUCAGGGGUCGACAAGAACUCUUCUUGGCGGGAAGACAUCCCUCAGGUGCCAUUGCCGUGCUCUGACAAGGACUUUUUACUUCAAACACCAUCAAACAAGACGUUUCUACCCGGUAUCGAACAGGAAGACAUGUCAACAUUCGUAAAGGAUCUCGAUCUCUUACCACUGGUCACAGUGUUGGUUAGAUUGCGAGGCAAAGUCCUUCGAAUCAUCCGAACUUUGCCGCCCACUGACACAAACAUAUGGGACUCGUCUUCACCGUUCAUGCUUCUUAUCAGGGAGCUUGACACUUUCUACGAGAGUCUUCCAGACAGACUCCAGAUCACUGAGCUCAACACUUACAUACACAAGGACCAGCACACGAUCGGAGCUCUCUUCUACCUCCACCUGAUGUAUAAUGCCGCCAUCUUUGAUCUCACGAGGAUAUCCCUAGCCGGAUUCAGCUUUCCCCUAGCUGCGGCGUUCCAGCACGCACCACCCGAGUUCCGUUCUCAGUGUCAAGAACGUUGUCGCUUCCACGCUGCAGCAGUCUCCGAUAUCGUCCGGCAAGGGCUCACACAUGGUCGUGUCGCAUUUGAUGACAACUUCUGCGCAGAUGCGGCGCUCGAGUCUAGCAAAGUGCAGAUCAUCCAUUCAGCGACAGUGGCAAACGAUGACCAGUCUACGGAGAAAACGAGGCAGAACUUGAGGACAACACUUCAACUCUUUGACCUUGUACAUGCGAAUCAGGAUGGUCAGAGUACAUAUGUCCGGACGCUAUUGCCUCUAUGCAUUCUCUUUGGCUUCCGUGACAUUGCAGAGGAAUGGCGAGACUCUCAAACACCACAUCGCAUGUCACCUGAAGUAGCUGGCACCGCAGAGGUUCACCACUUGGUCAGCUUCGCCCCGUUCCGUCGAGCGCAGACAGAGAUAAAGGCACGCCAGAGCGCCAGUCCGAGGACCUUUUCUUCGUCUGUAAUCUCAGCUUCGCAACCUGCGCGACGUACAAACGAGGAGCGGCCGCCUAUCAACUCUGUCGACAAUGCUGGCCCAGAUCAGCAUCUCGUCGCAGCUCCCAACCCAGGACCUACUGCUCCUCACAACCAAGCAAUGGAGGUCAUUGCACAGGGGAUGGAUCCAGGUCAGAUGGAGAUGACCGAUCUACACAUGGUACAUCCUUCCAUGGAGGACUAUAUCCGGACAGCGGGUGAGAUGUCAGACUAUCUGACGUGGAACAUGUCUGAGCUGCCUGAUCUGUCCAUCUGGACUGACUUUGGAGGCCAAGAUCCAUCUUCUGGCUGA